GAGAAGCAGCAGCAAGAGGAGGAGUUUAGCGCAUUUCUUUUGCACACUGGACUAUCUGUGUCUGCAGAGGAAGACAACCUAAUGCGCCCCCCCAGGCGCUGAUUUCUUUUUUAUAUUCUUCUUUUCUGCCACACCUGCCUGCCAAGCUGCAGCCCUGAUGGGCGCGGCUAGGACCGGAGCCCAAAUCUUUGUUUUGACUCGCCUGGGAAAGUUGAGCGAAAAGGCACAAAAGGACCGAGGAGUUUGAGAACAUCCUCCGCACGCUCUGCGCCUCAGCUGCGCAUUUAGCGCAUUGUUCCUCCUGCGGAUAGAGGUCUUUCCCAUCCUGGGAGGAUUUUGAUUCUCCGUGUUGACAGAAGAUAAGAUGGGAUGGACGAGUUAACGAGGCAGAUGGAGAUCUCAGGAGAGAAGGUGGUGACAGAAACAGUAACCUCCACAUCCAGGCUGACUACUCUCCCACCCAAGGGAACCGGUGGAUCAAAUCACAGGAACAUGUCCAGCAGCGCCGGGGGGCUGGGCUUGGAGAAGAAUGUCUUAACUCAGAACAGCAGUGGAACCUACUUCUCUUCAUCCUCCGUAGGUGUGACCACCAGCAGCUACAGCUCCUCCUCAGGGAUCUACCUUGGAGGAGACUCCUCAGGGGGAGGUGAAGGAGGGGGGAGCUACAUAGAUGGAGAGGGUUAUGGAAGUGGAGGAGGACGAGGCGGUGGGGGAGGUUAUCUGGUGAGCUCUGUGUCAAAGGUCCGGUCCAGCUCCUCCGGGGGUGGCAGGAGAGCACAGAUUGCUGGCCCCUCAGGAGGACUGUCGCCAUCCUUCCGGGAGAGGAAGACCAUAACCAGUCGCUCAGGAGGCUACGAUGGGAGUUCCAGUGCAAAUUCCUCUCCAGAAUUUACACGCAAAGACUAUGGGAACUAUUGCUCCAGCACCUCAAGAGGGAGGAGUGAAAGCAGAGAGAGUGAGAUCAGAGCCAGACUGCAGAGUGCCUCCCCCUCUGCCGGAAGAUGGGCUGAGCUGGAUGACGUGAAGAAGCUGCUAAAGGGACGCUCCAGCAGCGUCAGCCCCACCCGCUCCUCCAGCGCCUCCAUCACGCUGCCCGUCCCUAAGAAGGCCACCGCGGAGACUAAAACCGUCUCAGUGGCCACUCAGUCAGCUUCGUCCUUUGGUUCUGGUUUGCGUUCAGCUGGUUUCAACACCAUAGACGUAGCUGGUCUCUAUGACAACACUCAGACGACUGGGCAGCGUGAUUCCGGUGUUCAGACCGGCCAUUAUGAUGUCACCAUCACAUCCAGCCUCUAUGAUACUGGUGUCAGAUCAAACCAGUAUGAUGCUAGUCUGAGGUCAGGGCAGUAUGAUACUAGUUUGAAGUCAGGACAAUAUGAUGCGAGCCUGAAAUCUGGCCAGUAUGAUACUGGUUUGAAAACAGGACAGUAUGAUGUGAGUUUAAAAUCUGGCCAGUAUGACACCAGUGUGAGAACAGGCCAGUACGACACGCUGGAUUCUGCAUUUCCUACUUUCUCCUGGUCCACCUCCACGCUGCCCAGCUCCUCCGCCGCUGCAGUCGUCGCUGGCAACAGCAGCAGCUACACCUACCAGACCACCCAGAUCGGCACCAACAACAUGUCCGGGGGGUCUGUCCCCAUCAGCCCCACCUCACACCCAUCUCUCUCAGUCUACGGCUUCCAGAACAACCUGGCACCCACCUCAGCGGGCGUGCUCACCACAGGUGGCACCAACAUAAACGCACACCUGGCAGGAUACGGGGUGCAGAAGAACGUGUCCAACGGUGGAGGUGUCAUCAGCUCUGGAGUCUCUACAAUGACGAGAUCCCAAACUGAUGACGUCUAUAAGAGGGACUACAGGUACGCGGCUUCUGAAAAGGAGAACGCUCCAGCGAGGAGAGAUGGAGAGAUGCUCAUUCUGGCCAAAGACAGCGGAAAGCAGUUCACCACCAGCAGCGGUGUUCAUGUCGGAGGAGGCUCACUGUCAGGAGAUUCCCUAAAGAAGGAGAAACUUAUUUCCAGCUACAUCGACACGGGCACACUGAAGACAGACACCGGCAACGCGUACUAUGGAUCAUCUGGUGUUCUGAUGAAAGACAAAGCGACCUAUGCAGAGAUUCACCGGGACAGCGGCGUCUGUGGAGGCGGGGGAUUCUGCUGCUGCUCCGACUCGUGCUGCUCCUGGUGGAAGUGGCUGCUGGGGUUGCUCCUCCUCUCUCUGCUUCUGCUGGGGCUCCUGUUUGGCCUCAUUGCACUGGCUGAGGAUGUGAGGAAGCUGAAGAGCCGAGUGGCGACGUUGGAGUCCUCAGCCGCUGCUGCUCACACCAGUCGUCUGUCAGGAACCACUAAUGAUAUCACUUAUGUUGGUGGUGGGGGGGCUGGUGGUACUGGAACAGACAACACACUCAUCCUGGGACUGGGAGGUGGAGGUGGAGGCUCAGGCUCGAACACACGAAUCAUUGCUGUUGGUGGCGGUGGCUCCUCCGGUGGGAACAGGGUCGAUGAUGGCACAAUUCUUGUAGGAGGUGUUGGAGGGGCUUCAGGAACGGGUACCAGUGUGGGUGGUGGUACUGGUACCAGUGUGGGUGGUGGUACUGGUACCAGUGUGGGUGGUGGAGCUGGUGGUGCUGGAACCAGUUGGAGCGGCAGUGCUGGUGGUACUGGUACCAGUGUGGGUGGCGGUGCUGGAACCAGUUGGAGCGGCAGUGCUGGUACCAGUGUGGGUGGUAGUGCUGGCGGUGCUGGAACCAGUGUGGGUGGCGGUGCUGGUACCAGUGUGGGUGGCGGUGCUGGAACCAGUUGGAGCGGCAGUGCUGGUACCAGUGUGGGUGGUGGAGCUGGCGGUGCUGGAACCAGCUGGAGCGACGGUGCUGGUGGUACCCGUUUUGGUGUCGGAACCGGCCUGGGGACCAGUGUAGGCGAGAGAUACAUCGAUGAUGCCGUUCUUAUGAUGACCAUGAGGCGUUUGUUAAGAUCUGAGAUGCACUCACAGGAAUUCAGAGCCAUCCUCACAUCCUCGGUGCAGGGAGAGAGAGGACUGCCUGGACCCAAAGGUGACUCUGGAUCUAGAGGAGAUCCUGGCAUUCCUGGAAUUCCAGGUUUGAUGGGUCCUGAGGGUGCUAAAGGACAAAAGGGAAGUCAAGGUGAGCAUGGGCUGGAGGGUCCACCAGGUGUCAGGGGUCGUGAGGGUCCACCCGGGCCUAGAGGUGACCCGGGACCUUCAGGUUCUGCACUUAAAGGAGAAAGAGGCGCUCAAGGAGAACCUGGACCUCCUGGACCCUUGGGACUUGGUGGUGCUCCCGGGCCAAAAGGUGCACAAGGACUUCCUGGACUUUCAGGGCCACCUGGUCAGCCAGGUCCUCAGGGUUUCCGUGGUGAAGCAGGACUUCCUGGGCCUAAAGGCGACAGGGGGCUUGCAGGAUUUCAAGGCCUUAAAGGCGAAUCUGGUUUUCCAGGUCUACCAGGACAAGCAGGAGAGAAAGGCUCUAAAGGAUCAAUGGGACUUUCUGGGCAAGAUGGUGAAAAAGGAUCUCGAGGUGAUCAAGGACCUCCUGGACCUCCAGGACUCAGAGGUCCUACUGGGCCUCCUGGAGAUGCUGGGCUUCCAGGUACAGCCGGGAUUCAAGGACCACCAGGAAUUCCAGGGAAUCCGGGUCAACCAGGGGUCAAAGGUGAUCCAGGCCAGCCAGGAAGAAUCAUCAAUGCAGCUGGUUCCACCUCCAUUGGUAUCCCGGGACCACCUGGGCCCUCUGGUCCACCUGGCCCUGCGGGACCUCCAGGAUUAUCAGGUCCUAUUGGCCCUGCUGGUCUGCCUGGCCCAGCUGGACCUAAAGGAGACAGGGGGUAUAAGGGAGACCAAGGAGAGUCUGGAAUAACCGUGAGAACUAGUGGAAGUAUAACCUCGUCCACAGCAGAGAGACAGCUCAGCUCUAGUGGAGGCUCAUUGUUGCUCGGCCCACCUGGCCCACCCGGUCCACCUGGGCCUCCAGGACGUCCAGGUGAUUCGAGGCAAGGACCUCCAGGACCACCUGGGCCUCCAGGUUAUGGAAUACCUGGACCUAAGGGAGAAAAAGGAGAUUCAGGCUUUGCAUCCAACUCUGGUACAGCUUAUCCUGGACCACCAGGACCACCAGGACCACCUGGGCCUAAAGGAUCAACAGGUGCUCCUGGACCACGUGGAUACACAGGAGACACUGGAGCUCCUGGAAUUCCAGGCACGUCAAGAGGUUCAGUCUCAGUCACCUCAGGUCCACCUGGUCCACCAGGUCCUCCUGGUCCUCCAGGCCAGCCAGGCUCUUUUGCUUCUUCUAGCGAGAUGCGGCAGUACAUAACAGACUAUCUGAGUAGAUACAGACUGAGUGGUAUGCAAGGUCCUCCAGGUCCACCUGGACCUCCAGGACACCCUGGAACCUUCUCAGGGUCUCUGGAGGACAUUUCUGCUCGUGUCAUUGCGUACCUGCAACGUUCAGAUUCAGGCUUCCGUUUUGGUGUUCAGGGUCCUCCAGGACCACCUGGUCCACCUGGACCUGUCUCUGGAUCUCUCACAGUCAACGCUCUGAUCACCAUGCUUCAGCGAGACGAUGUGAGACGAUAUUUGUCUGGACCACCAGGGCCGCAAGGACCCCCAGGACCACCAGGGGGUCUUUCAAAGACUGCAGAACACACAAUAGAACAUGUUGCCACGUAUAUCUUUAACAUCAUGAAUGAGAAAGGGAUUGCUAGAGGUCCACCAGGGCCACGGGGUCUUCCAGGGCCUCCCGGAACUCCAGGUGCUGGAGGAUCUGGCUUCACAACUGCUACGAUUGACUAUUCAGCACUGAUCAGAAAUUCAGAUUUCCGAUCAUGGAUCACUUCUGCUGUACAACAAGGCCCUCCUGGUCCUCCAGGUGUUCCAGGUCUGCCUGGUCCUCAAGGGCCCCCAGGAGUCUCAACUUCCACUGUGUUUGGGUCAGGAGGUCGUGGCUACAGCUUGGAGGAAAUUCAGCGGUACUUGCAGAGUUCAGGAUUCAGAGGUAAUCCAGGCCUUCCUGGCCCUCCUGGUCCUCCAGGUCCACAGGGUCCCCCGAGUACUCUGACUGGAUCCGUUUCCUACAGUGGAAACUUCCCACGGGAGAGCAUUCGCACCGAAAUUCAAGAGUAUUUGACCAGUGAUAAUGUUCGACGGGCUAUUGUUGGCCCUCCAGGACCCCCAGGUCCUAGAGGUCAUAAGGGAGAACGUGGAGAGCCCGGUUAUGCCCAGAGCUACACGCAGAGCCAGAGCUACUCACAGAGCGACUCUCGCUACGGCCAUCAUCGUACAGACAUCGAUGUAAGCAAGCUCGCUGAGACUCUGGACUAUUCCAGCGUUGCCACGAAAGUUACAGACUACAUCAAGAAUCAAGGCCUCCUGCAGCAGUAUAUUGCUGAGGGUCCUUGGAGGGCUAGCGUGCGAGCAAUUCAAGGCCCUCCUGGUCCACCAGGUCCUCCUGGCCCAGUCGGUUACAGUCGUGUCAUUGGCACUUAUGGCAAUGUCACAGCUGACCUCAUGGACUUCUUUAGAACUUAUGGCACCAUCCCUGGCCCUCCAGGCAGCCCUGGACCUAGGGGAGACAGGGGGUACCCAGGGCCCAAAGGAGACAAAGGUGAUGCCGGACCGCCAGGUUUACCUGGAAUACCAGGAGCUUACACUGUCCAGAUUCCCCACAGGGUGCAGAAGAGGGAAACAGGUAACAAAGUGGGUCGCCGCAAGGAGCUUCGACGUCACACCAGUGGUGGCUGAAGUGUUUAUUAUGGGAUGGUGCCAAAUUCUUCUUCAGCUUUACUUCCUUUUUCUUUUAGAUGUUAAACUGUACCAAAGUGGUUAACCACACUCCAUACUUCUGACCUUCCUUCAUCCAAAAAGUUGAUUUGAAACAAUAAAAAUGCAUUUGUCUCUUUGAAAAAUGUUAUUUUCUGAGGUUAGUCUGUUUGUGAGAGUUAAACUGUUGUUUUUACAUGCGGGGUGUAAAAUGUUUACUUUGCUUAGACACUUGUGUUGACUCUACCAGGGGCAGCUUUGUUCAAGAGAUUAUGUAUCAUCAAGCAAUAAGUAGCACUUGCUUUUCAUUUUAAUGACAUCUUUUUAAGCUGGUGUUUAUAUAUAUAUAUAUCUGAGAUGUGAGGAUUAGGCUGUAUUGAGGACUAUAUAACAUUUUAUUUUGUAUCCAUCAUGCUUUUGCCCCAUAUCAAAUUCUAAUUUCCACAUUAAACCCAUAAAGUGUCCUUAUUUGAACUCGACUCAGUCUGUCAGAGGGAGAGUCAUUUUAAGAAGGUUAUUGAGAUUUACUUGAAAGGUUUAUGAUUAAAAGCAAGAUAUUAAUGAUGUAUUUGAGAUGGUGACUCAGAUGAUCAGUAGGACGAGCCUGAUUCAAUUGUAUAUUUUUGUGUAAGAGCACUGAAUUUGAUAAAUAUUUCUGUACUGCCUUUUGAGUUUUGAAAUGAAUAAAUUAUAAACAUGAUUUAAGUUCUGAUCACUAUAUUUGCUAAACAAUAAAUCUAUUUUCUAGA